UCAGGGAAGGUGUGUGUGUUGAGAAGGAAGUCAGAAGAGAGGGGCUGCAUGUGGGGAGGUUUGUGAGAACAGACGCCAAAGACCCACUUUCCGAGAGAAAGAAAGAACAUCUGCACAUAAGAUGCUGUUGUUGCAACUGGUGUUGCUCACGGUUCUUGUCCCAGGUGGUGACAGUGAUGAUGACUUCCAAGAGCCAAUCUCUUUUCGAACCAUCCUGACAACAUCCUUUUGCAACCAUUCGUGGACACAGAAUCAGGGCUCAGCUUGGCUGGAUGAACUGCAGACUCGUGGCUGGGCCAGCAAGACGGGCGCUUUCAUUUUUCUGUGGCCGUGGUCCAGGGGCAACUUCAGCAAUGAGGAGCUAAUGGAACAAGAAAAGUCAUUUCACACAUUCUCCACGAGAUUUCCUCUGAUAUUUCAGGACCAUGCCAGUCAAUGGCAGCUUGAAUGUGAGCUCGGGUCCCUCAGGACACGUGGGAUGGAGGUGGCCUGUGUGUGUCGCCAUGAAUUCCUUCUUCUUCUAGGAAAGAGCCUCCCCUGGCUGCUGAACAUCUCGACUCCCCAUCAUAAAACAGAAUCACACCCGUGUGUUCAGGAGGCAGAAGCCAGACCCCGAACUUGAAAAGCUUCACACCUUCUGCUAUUUCCCCUCCUCUCCUUGACAUCAGGCUGUGUUCUCCUGUCUCUCACCAGAGUCUCCCAUGACCACCCCAUUCCCUGGCCUCCAGCCAGAGACUCUCCUCUUCCUCACUCUGUGACUGAUCCUUGAAAUGUGCUUUUCUCCCCACUCAGUCCCAUCAGAGACAUUUGUCUGUCUAUGUGUUCCCUCUGCCCACUGCCUUCCCCUCACCCUUGAUGACUUUAUCACAGCUCCCCUGUGGAGCCCUUCCUUGUUCUCUGCCCACAUCCUUCCUGUUUCUCCUCUAGCAUGUGCUCCUUUCUCAGUAAUUUACCUUUCUUCUGCCUCCAGCGACCACCACUUCCCCUCUGUCUGAGUCUCCACUCAAACCAAAUUUGUUCCAUUCUGUCAAAUGCCCUCAACUUCUCCUUUGCUUCCUCCAUCCUUUGCUUCCACUCAUCUCCUUUCAUCUCUUUCCCUCUCCAUUUCCUGUAACUCACAUUCUCUCUUCCCAGAUCCCUUUUAGGUACAGCUGGCAAGAGGCUGCGAUUCUCA